AUGGUGAAGGAACUGAAAGCGCUACAGGGAGAGCAGCAAAAGCAGCCUACCAAAGAACAAUGGCAGCAGCAGCAGAUCGCGUCGCAGGUGGAUCAGCAGGCAGAGCAGCUGCAAAAGCAGCAAAAACACCAGCAGCAUUGGAAGACGGGUCAGCCGCAGCAAAAGCAGUCUGAACAGAAGCAGCAGAAAGAGUCAACUACUGUAGAGCAGGAGCCGGAAGUUCACCCUCACGCCAUCAAAUCGCCGCGACGAAAGCCCAUCGCCAGAAAAGUUCACCUUCUUUCUUUCUUUCUUUCUUUCUUUCUUUCUUUCUUCUUCUUCUUCUUCUUCUUCUUCAGCAUCUUAAGCGUUUCUACAUCUGCUGUAUGCCCUCUCCUUCUUCUACAGCAACGUGAAAUUCUUCUGCCUCUUCUGUAUUUCUUCUUCUUUUUCUCCUUCUUUUUCUUCAGUAUCUUAAUUGCUACUACCUCUUCUGUACUUCUUGCUUUACUCUUCUUCGUCUUCUACUUCUCCCUUUUUUUCUUUUUCUCCUUCUUCUACUUCAGCAUUUGCUUUUGCCUCGUCUUUAUUUCUUUUCCUUCAGUAUAUCAAGUGCUUCUCGCUCUUCAGUCUAUCAUCUUCUUCGGCAUCUUAUGUGCUUCGACCUCUCCCGUAUUUCUCCUUCUUCUUCUUCUUCUUCUCUAUGUCUGUAUUUCUUCUUCUUGCACUUCGGCAUCUUAUGUGCUACUACCUUUGCUUGCUUCUCGAUCUUCUUCUCCUUCUUCUUCUUCUCCUUCUUCUUCUUCUUCUUCUUCUUCUUCUUCUUCUGAAUCUUAUCAUCUUAAGUGCUUCUUGCUCUUCUGUAUAUCAUCAGCUUCUUCAAUGCUUUUACCUCUUCUGAAUUUUUCUUUCUUUUUCUUUAGCAUCUUAAUUGCUUCAACCUCUUUUGAAUUUCUUCUUCUUCUUCUUCUUCUUCUUCUUCUUCUUCUUCUUCUUCUUCUCCAUCUUUUUCUUCUUCUUUAG